UAAGAUAUUCGGCGGGUCCGCAUUGUCAUAGAAGAUAAAGCGCGCGCGCCACGAUUCCCACGUAAUUCAGGAGCUCACCAGGCACGCGCGUGACGAGGAAGGGGAGUCUCCUUCCUUUGCGGAAGGUCAUGGCUCUGAAGUUAAACCCUUCACUAUGCCACAUCCAGUUGCAUUCAUGUGCUUCAGAAUCACAGAAACAGUUAUGGGGUCUUCAUCUCUACUCAGCAAUCCCAUCAGGCAGGAAGAAACUAGGGGUUUUCUCUCUGAAAGCAGGUCUUUGGGAUUCUAUCAAAUCUGGCUUUGUGAAGAGCAAUACAACACAGGUGAUUGAACCAUCUUCCACUUUCUCAGAAGAGGAGGAACCAAUGCCUCAGGAUGUUGUACUUGUUGAGAAGAAAGUUUCUGAUGGAACAGUGGAGCAGAUAGUUUUUUCUUCAGGUGGGGAUGUGGACGUCUAUGAUGUCCAAGCUUUAUGUGACAAGGUCGGGUGGCCAAGGAGGCCACCAACGAAGGUUGCAGCGGCACUUAAAAAUAGCUACAUGGUUGCAUGUCUCCAUUUGAUAAAGAAAUCAGCAGAUUCAGGAGAUGAUCAGAAGGUGCUUAUUGGCAUGGCACGUGCUACAUCUGAUCAUGCCUUUAAUGCUACAAUCUGGGAUGUUUUAGUGGAUCCGUCUUAUCAGGGCCAAGGGCUAGGGAAGGCUCUUGUUGAACAAUUGAUACGCGCUUUGCUUCGAAGAGACAUUGGGAACAUUACCUUGUUUGCUGAUAGUAAAGUUGUGGAUUUCUACCGAAAUUUAGGCUUUGAAGCUGAUCCUGAAGGAAUUAAGGGCAUGUUUUGGUACCCAAGAUAUUAGCGACAUGGAGAGAAUUUGCUUGGUUCUCCGUUGAAUUUAGUGCUUCAACUGCAUUCUGGCAAUCGUGGGAUUGUGGAUGCAGUUGGUUUCUGUAUGUACACGUUGAUGAGGUAAAUCCACGGAUGGUUGAUGCUUCUU